GUGUCGCCGCCGCCACCCUCCGCUGGAUCUAUUGUCAGGGAAGGAGGAAAUUGGCAGCCGGCGGCAGCGGCGGCACAUCUGGGCGGGCACAUCUGGGCAUGCAACAUCGGCUCCCGCCCGCUGCCGCCGUCCUCCAGCCGGCCGAGCGGAUCCCUCCGGGGCCCCCGCGGGGCGGCUCCUGUUCGCCAGCCCCGGGGCCCAUCUUUCGGGCUGAAUUAUUAAACCUGGCAGCGCGGGGGGGCGGGGUGGGCUGGAAAUAAAGGCUUUUUUUUGUUUUUUUUUUUUUUCCUUCUCUCUUUUUUUUUUUUUUUUCCUUUCACCCGGGAUCUAUUUCAUGGGGAUGUGUUCAAGGCAAGAGCGGAUUCAGAAGGAUAUUGACGUUGUGAUCCAAAAGUGCAAGGCGGAGAAGGACUGCCUGUUUGCAGAUUUCAGGUACUCAGACUCCACCUUUACCUUCACCUACACUGGAGGCUCCAAAAGUGUGUCCUAUUCAGUGCAUGUCUCUGAGGACUACCCAGAUAACACAUAUGUUUCCAGUUCUGAUAACGAUGAAGAUGUGUUAGUUACAACAGAGCCAAUUCCAGUAAUUUUCCACCAAAUUGCUACAGAAUUAAGAAAAACCAGCGAUGUCAACUAUUGCUUAUCCAUAAAAUCAAAAUUACAGAGGGAGAAUGGAGAGGAGUCACAGCACAGCAGCACACUUGAAGAAGAUUCUGAAGGGGAUAAUGAUUCUGAGGAAUUUUAUUAUGGAGGACAGGUUAGCUAUGAUGGAGAACUUCACAAGCACCCACAGUUGGAAGCUGAUUUAACAGCAGUGAGAGAGAUCUAUGGACCUAAUGCAGUAUCUCUCAGGGAAUAUGGAGCCAUUGAUGAUGUAGAUAUUGAUCUGCAUAUUGAUGUUAGCUUUCUUGAUGAAGAGAUUGCUGUGGCUUGGGAUGUAAUUCGCACAGAGCCCAUAGUAGUGCGAUUGCACUGUUCGCUUACACAGUACUUAAAUGGCCCAGUGCCAACUGUGGAUGUAUUUCAGAUCUCUACUAAGGAAAGAUUUGGGCUGGGACAUCAGCUGAAAAAAAUCAUGCAAACAUUUGUAACACAACAGUGGAAAAACAGCAAAGAGAAAUCUAAUUGUACGCACAAUAAGAAGGCGUCUGACAAAAAGGUGAAAUCUCCUCUGCACAUCUUUUCUACGUUGCGCAGGUCGCCAAGUUAUCCUCCACCUGGCUGUGGUAAAAAUAAAUCAAAACUGAAGUCAGAACAGGAUGGCAUCUCCAAAACUCACAAGCUGCUGAGGAGGACUUGCUCUAGCACAGUUAAGGCGGAGGAUGUGUGUGCCACAAAAUCUCACAGAACCUUUGGCCGCUCGUUGUCUAGUGACCCUAGGGCUGAACAGACAACGGCUAUUAAAUCGCACAAACUGUUGAACCGUUCUUGCUCUGCAGCUGUCAAGCAGGAAGAGUGCAUCACUUUAAAGCCCCAUAAGUUAUUAAGUAGGUCAUGUUCUGGGGAUCCUCGAUGUGAGCACAACAGCACCUUGAAGCCCCAUAAACUUUUAAGUAGGUCUUACUCUAGUAAUCUUAGAGUGGAGGAAAUGGAUGGAUUGAAGAAUCAGAAGUUACUCAGCAAGACCUACUCCAAUGCCCCUAAAUCAUCCAAAAUGGAGCCUUUCAAGGAGUCCAACAUAGCAGAGGGCAGGAGGCUCUCUCUUACCUCAGGGCUUAUUGGUAUCUUAACACCAUCUUCAUCAUCACCUUCACAAGCUGCUCAAAAUUAUGGUGCAAAAUGCAUUCCGGUACGAGACCGUGGCUUUCUUGUGCAGACUAUUGAAUUUGCUGAGCAGCGGAUACCAGUAUUGAAUGAAUACUGUGUUGUUUGUGAUGAACCCCAUGUGUUCCAGAAUGGCCCUAUGCUGAGGCCCACUGUUUGUGAACGGGAGCUCUGUGUAUUUGCUUUCCAAACAUUAGGAGUGAUGAACGAAGCUGCUGAUGAAAUUGCAACUGGGGCUCAGGUGGUUGAUCUGCUAGUAUCCAUGUGUCGGUCUGCAUUAGAGUCACCUAGGAAAGUUGUCAUUUUUGAGCCAUAUCCUUCUGUAGUUGAUCCUAAUGAUCCUCAGAUGCUGGCCUUUAACCCCAGGAAGAAGAAUUAUGACCGAGUCAUGAAAGCAUUGGAUAGUAUCACUUCUAUUAGAGAGAUGACACAGGCACCUUACUUGGAAAUAAAGAAGCAGAUGGAUAAACAAGACCCGCUUGCACAUCCUCUUCUACAAUGGGUUAUUUCUAGUAACAGAUCACACAUUGUAAAGCUUCCAGUGAAUAGGCAACUAAAGUUUAUGCACACUCCCCACCAGUUCCUACUUCUCAGCAGUCCACCAGCCAAAGAAUCCAAUUUCCGAGCUGCUAAAAACCUUUACGGAAGUACCUUUGCAUUUCAUGGUUCACACAUUGAAAAUUGGCAUUCCAUCCUGAGGAACGGCUUAGUUGUUGCUUCCAAUACGAGGCUGCAGCUCCAUGGUGCAAUGUUUGGAAGCGGAAUCUACCUUAGUCCAUUAUCAAGCAUAUCAUUUGGUUACUCAGGGAUGAACAAGAAGCAACAGAAGGUGUCAGCUAAAGAUGAACCAGCUUCAAGCAGUAAGGGCAGUAACAUAUCACAGUCACAGAAGAAAGGACAACAGUCACAAUUUUUGCAAAGCCGUAACUUAAAAUGCAUAGCCUUAUGUGAAGUGAUAACCUCAUCUGAUCUGCACAAACAUGGGGAGAUAUGGGUAGUUCCCAAUACAGAUCAUGUGUGUACAAGAUUUUUCUUUGUUUACGAAGAUGGUCAAGUGGGUGAUACAAGUAUAAACACACAGGAACCAAGCAUUCAUAAAGAGAUUCUUCGAGUCAUUGGCAAUCAAACUGCUACUGGUUAAAAGGACCACUGUUAUUUAAUUGAUGAUUUGGAAGCCUUCCUCAGUCUCAAAGCUGGAUUUUGAACUGAAGAAGAUGCAAAAAACUAAUUUAUUAUUAUUAUUCUAAGCAAAUUAACCCUUUGAAUACUUACUGUUUUCUUACUUAGUAUUUCUUAUCUCAUCAAAAUACCUGAGAUGCUAUGAAUUAGCAACUGUAGGGUGCAAAGUACAUACUACAACUAAUAGUAAUUAAACAGGCAUUUGGGUUGCUCACAAUAAACAGACUUUAAAAAAGGAGUUUUGUGCGGAUAUUUUUAUAUUAAACUCUUCAAUUGGAGGUUUUAGUACUGUAUACUGGUAUUUUAAAUUUAGAAUGAGAGAAUUAUAAGCAAGAGAGAAGAUUUUAUAGCUGAGAACCUGCAUUAUACAGGAUACUUUGCAAUAAGUAAAAUAUUCUCAUAUUUAAACACAAUAAAAGGUUGCCUGGAACAUGUCAAAUUAAAGAGAUUGGUUACCUGCAGCUAUCUUUGAUUCAUUUUAUUUUACAAAGGUAUAGCCAGGAUUUAGAGUCAAAAGGUUAAAACAACAAUAUAUUUUUGAUGUAAUGAAUGAAACAAAGUAAAGCAAUGACUCUGACAAUGUAUGUUUAGUUUUUUUAUCCUCUCUGGAAACGCUGUCUUAUCCAUUAAGCAGCUCAAUUAUAUUUUUUAAUUAAACAAGAUUAGCAAACACCUGGAAAUC